GUUUGUAUCAAGGUAUCAACAGCGAUUGUUGUUAUAAUAGGGAAGGAUAUGAUGCUUGACACUUCAAUAUUUGAGGAUGCUACAGUUGCAGAUAUAAAAAGCUGCCAACUAUGGCAAUUAUCAUCUUUUAUUUUUUUCUCAUGCUGCUUUUAAUGAUGUUCGGAUUAGACUUUGUAUAUGUGGGCACUUUUCAUGAUGAUGAUACUGGCAUAAUUUAUGCAGAUCGUGGCUACUAUUCAGUGGAGACUGUUACACUUUUGGUGGCCUUGAAAGUCCGUUAUAGAGAUAGAAUUACAAUCCUUAGGGGAAAUCAUGAGAGUCGUCAAAUCACUCAAGUGUAUGGGUUCUACGAUGAAUGUUUGAGAAAAUAUGGAAAUGCUAAUGUCUGGAAAUUCUUUACCGACUUGUUUGAUUAUUUGCCUUUGACUGCCCUUAUUGAGAGUCAGAUUUUCUGCUUGCAUGGUGGUCUCUCACCAUCUUUGGAUACACUGGAUAAUAUUCGGGCGUUGGAUCGCAUACAGGAGGUUCCACACGAAGGACCAAUGUGUGACCUAUUGUGGUCUGAUCCAGAUGAUCGCUGUGGUUGGGGAAUAUCUCCACGUGGUGCAGGAUAUACAUUUGGACAGGACAUAGCUACUCAGUUUAAUCAUACCAAUGGUCUCUCCCUAAUAUCUAGAGCUCACCAGCUUGUCAUGGAAGGAUACAAUUGGUGCCAGGACAAGAAUGUGGUGACUGUUUUUAGUGCACCUAAUUAUUGUUACCGAUGUGGGAACAUGGCUGCCAUACUGGAAAUUGGAGAGAAUAUGGAUCAGAAUUUUCUGCAGUUUGAUCCAGCUCCCAGACAAAUUGAGCCUGAUACUACACGAAAGACUCCAGAUUAUUUUUUGUAACUUCAUAUAUCCCUUUGUUUGUAGUUACUGCUUUCUGCUGUUACUGUAGAUGUGUCUUUAAGGAGAGAGGAGUUUCACUCUUUAAGUGGACGGUUAUCAUCAACAUAAUUCUUUCUUUUGGAGUUUGUCUGCUGUUGCCGCUGCUGCCGUCUUAUUUCGACAAACAAACAAAUAGAAUUGACACAAUUGGUGUUGUAUAUUUUUAUAGGAGGAAGCGGCAAUAACAUGGUAUAUUCUGUGCUGUAUUUUUUUAAAAUUAAUUCUCAAGUUAGAGAGCAGAUUUUUUAGUA